ACCCUUAUCCCAAGAAUACAACAAGCAAGGUCUAUUACUUGCAAUACCAAUGGACAUAAGUUCUUAUCCUACCUGCACGAGAGACUACGGGUUUCGAAAUGAAAAAGAGGAAAAACAAAAGGAAAAAUAUCUACUAGGGCCAACUACAUAG